UUUUUUUCUUUCUAAAAAAAAAAAUGUCUAAAGAAAAAACGAGAGGACUUAAUUCUUUUCCCGUAGAAAUUAUACAUAAUAUCUUUCAUUAUCUUGAAAAAGAUAUAAGUACAUUAUAUUCAUGUGUUCGAGUAAAUCGAAAUUUAUGUAAACAAGUGAUACCAUAUUUAUGGAAUAAUCCUAUGCCAAAUACAUAUUCACCAGUUAAUAUUGAAAUAUUUAUUAGAUUUUUUGAUGAAAAAGUUAAGAAUUUAUUAAAAAAUCAAUAUGAACUUGAUAUUGAAGAUUCUUAUCAGCCACUAUUUAAUUAUACAUGUUAUAUAAAAAUUCUUGAUCCAAGAGGAGUUCGACGUGCGGCAUUUUAUUGGUUGAAAAAUUAUUAUGUUGAAAAAUUUCCUUAUUCUGAUAUUUAUAUUGAUUUUAAAAAUAAUCAAAUCAUUGAUAUUAUUGAAAAAUCUUUAUUAAGAUUGAUAUUAAAAAAUUCUUUAAAGAUUGAAAAUUUAUUAUUGGAUUUAGCAGAAAAAUAUCAGGAUAUACCUAAUUGUAAUAUUUUCCUUCUUAAAGAAUUACAAGAAAGAGAAGAAGGAGAAGAAGGAGGGGAAGGAAACCAAUCAAAUCACUCAAAUCACUCAAAUCAUUCAAAUAAUUCAAAUCAUUCAAAUCAUUUAGAUCAAUCCUAUCAAUCAUAUCAAUCAAAUUAUCCAAGUCAUGGUAUAAGAGAAAUAACAAAAUUAUCAAUCAUGAAUUCUUCAGUAAAACAAUUUGAUAAUAUUCAAGAAUUUCUCGACCUUUUACCUACAGUCUGCAAAAAUAUAAAAAAGGUCAGGUUUUAUGAUCUAUUUUUUAUCGAUCCAACUAUGGAAUUAAAAUUAUGUAAUGUGAUUAAGAGUCAAAAGAAUUUAACAUCAAUUAAUUUAACUUAUAAUUUCGUUAAUAUAUUAAGAUUAAUUUCUGUUAUAAAACAUCAAGCAAAUUCCCUCAAAAAAUUAGUAUUAAGAUACAUUCAUCAUAAUGAUAUGUUUUUACUUAACACAUUUGAUCAAUUAAUUAAUUUAGAAUAUCUUGAAAUUAAUGAAUGUUAUCCUAUUAAUAUAAUAUUAGAACCUUUGAUUAGAGCAAAUCUUAAAUUAGUAACUUUGAAGAUUAAUGAUAUUGAGAUUAGAUAUGAUUUAGUAGAAUCAAUUAUCAAAUCAUCCGGUUCAACUCUAAAACAUUUAGAGUUAAAUAUUUAUAUUGAUAUAAUUGAAAAUAGUUUACCUUUAUCAAAAUUAUGUCCAAAUUUAUCUCAUUUGGAUUUAAAAGUUAGUAUUAGAAUGAUUAAUGAUGAUGAUGAUGAAUAUGUUGAUGAUUUAAGAAGAAAAAAACCCACCUUUUUUAAUUAUAUCAAUCAUUUAAAACAUUUAAAAUAUUUUUCUGCCGAUUUUACAUAUUAUGUGAUGAGUUAUAUUGAGGAUUUUGAUCGAUAUAUUAAUUUCAUUAAUUUCCCUUCUUUACGUUUCAUUUCUUUAAAAGAUCAAUAUUAUUCUUCUUCUAAUUCUUUUAAGAGACGUUUUGAUCAUUUUUCUACAAUGUUUAAUGAGAUCACUUUUUAUAUUGAUAGUGAAUCAGAUGAAUAUUAUUUGGAUCCUUUGGAAGAUUUUGUUCGAGAAAAGAAAGAUAGUGGUCUUAGUUUAAAUUAUACGUUUGAUGGUUAUUAUAAUUUUGUAGCAACUGAUAGAAUUUUGUAUUAAAUUUUUUGUAAAUUUUUUUAAUUUUGUAAUUUAUUUUUUUUUUUUUGAAAA